AUGGUCAGUAUUUUAUUUAAAGAUUUUAAGAAGCAAAAGAUAUCUCUAGAUCUUCCUGCUUCAAGCACCGUUCUACAUGCUAAGAAGCAAUUAGCUGAACAGAAAGAAUGCGACGAUUCGCAGAUUAAAUUAAUAUAUUCUGGUAAAGUUUUACAAGACAGUAAUAGCAUUGAAGGUUGCGGUUUAAAAGAUGGUGAUCAGGUCAUUUUCAUGAUUUCGAAAAAGAAAUCCACUGUCACACAAGUCACUGAACCAACUGAAUCUAAAGAAGUAGCUGCUCCUGAAGUAGCUGCAUCUGCUCCUGUUGCGGAAUCCACAGAAACUGCUACGGAAGCCGCUCCUGCACAUAGUACUACUGAAGGCCAACAACCCGUUACCGCAUCUAAUGAUCCAGGCUUCGUCGUAGGUUCUCAACGUAAUGAAGCAGUUGAUAGAAUAAUGGAAAUGGGUUACGAAAGAGAAGAGGUGGAAAGAGCCUUAAGAGCUGCUUUCAACAAUCCAGAUAGAGCUGUGGAGUAUCUAUUGAUGGGUAUUCCUGACCAUUUACAACAGCAACAGCAACAACCACAAGUAACACAAGAAGCACAAGAACCUACCUCCGGAUCGACUGAGGUUGCCCAGACUGCAGGUGAGCAAGGUGACAUAAAUGAAGACGACUUGUUCGCUCAAGCUGCUCAAAAUAACGCCACUGAUGGCUCAACCGGUGCAAGUGCUGCAGGUUCCCAACCAGGCUCCAUUGGUUUAACUAUGGAAGACUUAUUAGCAUUAAGGCAAAUAGUUGCUGGUAAUCCAGAAGCUUUAGGUCCUUUAUUAGAAAAUUUGAGCACAAGAUAUCCGCAACUACGCGAACAGAUUCUAAGCAAUCCAGAAGUAUUUGUAUCUAUGCUGUUGGAAGCCGUAGGUGAUAACCUACAAGGUUCAAUGGAUAGUGAAUUCGAUAACCUAGGUUUAACUGAAGGUGCUGAAGGUGACGAAGGUGAAGAAUCCGAAUUAGCACAACCGCCUAUAUCAUUGACUGAAGCAGAUGAACAAGCAAUCUCUCGUUUAUGUGAAUUGGGUUUUGAACGUAGUUUAGUAGUACAAGUGUACUUUGCAUGUGACAAAAAAUGA